AAAGAGUUCAUGCAGAGCUUUAUUUAAUUUUUAUUCCAAGUGGCGGAAAUAGAUUGUUUUGUUUUGCUUGCAUUUUUAUUUCCUAUUUCAACCUACCCACCCACCCGGCGUCCCUUCCCCCGCUCCGAAGCCUCCAGGGAUAAGGGACGGCUGCGUGCAGUGGAGAAAGGAAAAACGGCAUCAGCAGCCUACUUCAGAUGCAUGCAUCAUGUCUCGGGCGUCCUAUAUGAGCCAAUCGAACGGCAAUUGGCCCCCUACCAGCCUCCAUCCAUCGUCACGCCAUCGGCAACCCAACCAGGCAGUGUUUUAAUAGUUCGAAUUGACUUUCCAUGAACUAACAACAGCGGUAAAACGGUCGCCCGGGAGAGGGGAGUAAUGCACACACGUACUCGAGAUGCACUUCAUGUGCGUCGUCGUGGUCAAAGAUGGUGCAACCAACUGCACAGGAGGAGCAGAGGGUGAGGGGCAGCAUAGCGAACAAGCCCACAGGCCUCUGUGGACGAUUGUUUUGCCUCCAUAACUGCUCUCGUUUUGUCCGCUGCUCAUCUUCUGAGAACCGGAGCAGUUGCAACAACUGCGUCUCUGUAUCACAGUGGUGAACUGUGCCUUCAUGGGGACUGUGGCAAACACUACUUUUCCAGCGAGCCUCUAUUGGAAUGGACAUAAACACCUUUUCUAAUGACGAUGAAUUUUGGCUCAAUUUGGCAGAUUAUGUGGGUCCACCACGCGUUCGGCAAUUAUAGACGCACACCGUCCGAGGUCAAGUGGAUGAUUAUCACCGAUGCUUCAAGAAGCACUAUUUCCACAGCCACCACAAAUUGCCUCGCCACACAGUAUUCACAAUACGUUUUCCCCCGAUGCAGCGAAACUUGUCUUGUGUGGACGCACCGACUCAGCCAACGAUCGAUGCAUUCCACCUGGUACGGAUAAGGGAAGUGAAGGAACUAAAACACUCCACAACAACGACCCUGCGCUAGAGUUCUCCGCAUGUUCCUUUAAGAACGCUCGCGCAAGCGCGCAACACGUGAAUGCUCCGGUGCGUAACCUGAUCCGACGUUUCGCUGGAAAUUCUGGUAGCGCGAGAUAUAGGUGUAAAACUAGAUUUUAACAACCCAUCCCUGUGCUGCAUCUCUGCACCAGAAGACGGCCAGAAAACGGGAUUUCCAUUGGAAGAUGCGCACGCGGGAAUAGCGUCUUGUGUUGGUCAGCCCGGCCCUACCGCUACCGCGGGCUAGCUGGGUUGUGCGCGGGUGGUCACAGAACACUGCAACAUGUAUCGAAGGUGAGCGCGUGAGCGAGAGAAAGGUCCAUCUGCGCUUCCCAAGGAGUCACGGCGUAGAUCUGGUUGGUGCGCUCUAGCAUCCUAACCCGUUCACGCUCCAGUUCACGGCUCCGGUAAAUGCGGCGUCGUCGUAGUACGGCGCACUCCAUCUGGCAGCAUAUGCUCAGUUGCAGAUCGGGCGAGUGAUCGACUGGAUCGUGCGCGAUCUCGUAACGUGCAAAGCGCGUACUUUCAUCGAGAGUAUAUAGUGUUUGUUGAUAGUGGAAAAUAGUGGCAAGCGGGUACGGGUUAACGAAAGAAAAUCAUUGCUCCAAAUUACAGCGGUAAGAUGCUGUGCCGAUCACGGGUGAUCGUGGUAGCAGUGGUGCUGGUUUUGUGGGGCCACCCGGGAGCAACCCAGGAAAUGAGCAUCAGUGAGGAGCUGGAAACGUGUAGCACACUGGACCGGCCACUGUUAGAGCGUGAGUUCGGCGACGGUGCGGACGAUUUUUUCGGGAAAAUCACGGUCCUGUACAAUGUCGCGCCACCGAAACCGGUCCAAACGCCACGCGUGUUUGCCGACCGUGAUCCGAUCUUCUACAACAAGAUCGACUACCGGGAGCAGAUUAAGUAUUAUCAUAAUCUGUACCAGAUGUUUCACGGCCAGCAGGAGUACCGGGAUGAGGUACGGUUUCUGCUGAGUGCUUCACUGCACCGUGUACCGUACGAGCUGGAAAAUUAUGACUUUGAAAGCUUCUUCAGCACCGUUCAAACGCUGGCCGGCGAGUACAAUCUUACCGUGUAUCCGAACCGGCUUCACGCGAACCGCACGUUUGCACUGUUCGGUCUGCGGGAGUUUCAGGUGUACGUGAUCGAUCGUUGCUCGCGUGUUUCGUACAUUAUACAGCCGCCCUGGAGCUUGAUACAGUACGCGUACGUGAAGGCGGCCGUGUUGUCCACGUACUACGAUCGACCGUGCGGCAAAUGUGAGUUGGAAAAUUUCCUCAACUCAACGCUGGCAGAAAAUGAGAAACAAAUCAGCGAAGGAGGAGGAGGUUCUACCUUGAAUGAUACUAAACCCUACGAAGAUGCGUCGGAAGAGGAGACCAACCAUGCGGAGGACGAGGAGGAUAACGAUGGUGUACGGGAGGCGUACAGUGAGGAGGAUGACGACGAUAACGAUAGCGGUGGAGAUAGGGCCGGAAGUUACAACACUAACGAAGAUCCGUUUGCGUCCCUUAACGUCACCGGACCAGAACUGGAACUCCCGCUCCGUAUCAUACUGCCGGUACUGCAUGUCCACGUGCCGGCUGAAAAUGAUACACAAGCGACAAACGAACACAAGCUCUAUCCCUACAUUGUGCUACACUCGAACAACACCGAGGGCCACGCCGUUCAUCCAUUCCUGGUUCCUACCCAGCCCGAAGUGACGCUCCAAGAGUUACCACUUCCGGUUGCAUCCAAUUCCACUCCGGUCGUUUCUAGUACGGUUGGUGAAGAUGCAGGCACUCUCCAACAAGAUAAAAUACGUGUCGGAGGCUCUGAUUGGUCAGUUGGAGAGUUGGGCAUGAUACUGAACACCAGCUCGGUUCUGUACGAUCCCAAGCAGCAGCGACUGUUUGAACGUUUGCAACGAUAUAACCUCACCGCUGGCGCACAGUUUGACGAGGUGGCGGAGAUAUCCGUAUCGAACCGGUUCGACGCAUGGAACCGGCGACGAGCGCCUCCGAAAGCAGAUCCAUCCCGGAAUAAUAAACGAUCGCAGAUUAAGAAACACUAUGCACGGUUGAUUCCGUGGUUGAACUGGACGUUUGGCCGGGCUAUUCCGCCGGCAAGCAGAAUGAGGGUAAAGGUUUCCGGGAGCGUUAAUUAGGGUGCUGUAGAACGUUAGUGGUUGUAAAUAGCAGUUGCUCUUAAGGUGAUCUAUUUGUAGUUGCAUUUGAUGUAAGAAAUAAAUGAGAAUGAAGGAAAAGUUGAUA